GUUACGGGGGGGGGGAGGCACACAUUUUACCACUUUGGAAGUGUCUCUCGCGCAAACUAUUCAGUUUAGAAAAAAAUGAUAUUAGAAACCUCAAUAUCAAUUUUAAAGACCUAUCCAUAGAUACCCCACACGUAUGGGUUUGAUGAAAAAAGAUUUUUUGAGUUUCAGUUCUAAGUAUGGGGAACCCCCAAAAUUUAUUGUUUUUUUUUUCUAUUUUUGUGUAAAAAUCUUAAUGCGGUUCAUAGAAUACAUCUACUUACCAAGUUUGAACAGUAUAGCUCUUAUAGUUUCGGAAAAAAGUGGCUGUGACAUAAUCGGACAGACAGACGGACAUGACGAAUCUAUAAGGGUUCCGUUUUUUGCCAUUUGGCUACGGAACCCUAAAAAGCACUAGUUCGCGAAAUCCAACUUUCCGCACGCUAAACAGCUAAGUACGUAAAGUAGCACUUUUUGAGCAAUUGUAUUAAAAAGUUAUUUUUCUUGUCGUAUAGUAGUAGAAAUCAUUGAAAGUAAUCAAGUGUAGUUUUUUUUUCUUUAAUGCGACUGCUAUUUUUUUCAACGUAAUAGCAAUGUACCUUCUUUUUUCGUUAUUUUAGCAAUCAAACCACUAUUGAUUUGUUGGAGAUUGACACUUCUGUGGGCGAAGGGGAAACUACCCACGAUUCGUAAGAAAAUAAAUCUACAUUAAUUCUUGUAUCAGAGUAUAUAAAGUUCAUUUUAAAUUGUAAGGACACGCCGGUAUAAAUGUGGUACGCCAGUAUCCACUUGUAGUUCUCCGCGGUUGUUGAUCGAGUCUGAUAGUGCUCUUGAUAAGAGCUGUUAUCAAGUGAUAUGUAUGCGUUUAUCAGUGAUAGUGUGAUGGCAAACAAGUAUGGCGUGUGGCACCGUAGUUUUUCUAGAACAAUGAGGUACCCGUUAGAUGGUAUUUUAUUGAGCACUUUGAGUGGGAUGAGUAUGAUCAACAACAACAACAGCACAAGCAUCAACAAUAACAACAAUGAGGACGAGAAGGCGGAUAUGCCCGACCCCGACUACAUUAAGAUGUUCGUCGGGCAGGUGCCGCGCAGCAUGGACGAGAACGACCUGCGCAUGAUGUUCGAGGAAUUCGGACGCGUGCACCAGAUCAACGUACUGCGCGACAAGAUCACCGGUGCGAGCAAAGGGUGCUGUUUUGUGACGUUUUUCACACGCAAAGCGGCGCUGAAAGCGCAAGACGCUUUGCACAAUAUCAAAACGCUGAGCGGGAUGCAUCAUCCAAUCCAAAUGAAACCAGCUGACAGCGAAAAUAGAAAUGAACGCAAGCUGUUCGUGGGGAUGCUCAAUAAGAAGCUGUCGGAGAACGACGUGCGAGCGCUGUUCGCAGGGCACGGCGCCAUCGAGGAGUGCACAGUGCUGCGGGACGCGCAGGGCCAGAGCAAGGGUUGUGCGUUCGUUACGUUCGUCUCUAAGCAGGCGGCCAUCGCUGCCAUAAAGACACUGCACCACAGUCAGACUAUGGAGGGUUGUUCAGCCCCGCUGGUUGUGAAAUUCGCCGACACGCAAAAGGAGAAAGAACAAAAGAAACUGCAGGCCAUGCAAGCUAGCCUGUGGGGGCUCACGACGCCAGUGACGCCGACGGCGUACCUCGCGUCGGAGGCGGCGCUCUCGCCCGCCACACAGCUGCAGCUGCUGCAGCAGUUGCAGGCGGUGGGGCUGCAGCAGCAGCUGCUGCAGGGGCAAGGGUCCACGCUGCUGCAAGGUGUUAACUAUCAGGAUAUCGCUUUCAAUGGCGCAGGCUUGAGCGGCGGGACAGUGAGCGGGGUGGGCGGAGUGACGUCCAUGGGCGGCGGGGCAGCCGACCAGCUGGGCGGGCUGCUCGCGCCGGUGUCGGUGCAGAACCUAGCGGCGCUGGCGGCCAUGACGCAGCCCGUGGUGACGCAGGCGGCGCCCAUAGCCCCCGCUGCCGCGCCACAGCCGGCAGCGCCACAAUUAUGUCUUCUCGGGAAGACUAACAUAACAGGGUCUACAGCGGAGCCACUGAGCUCUGCGUACGCGGCGCAAUUCGGCAGCGCGUUCGCAGCCGCGCCGCUCGGCUCCGUGCUCGGCUCGGCCGCCGCCGCUGCUGCGGGCAAGCAAGUCGAAGGUCCAGAAGGCGGUAACCUGUUCAUAUAUCACCUGCCGCAAGAAUUCACCGAUACAGAUCUCGCAUCGACCUUUUUACCCUUCGGGCACGUAAUUUCGGCUAAAGUGUUCAUAGACAAACAGACCAACCUCUCCAAGUGCUUCGGUUUCGUGUCCUAUGACAACGCCGCCUCCGCACAGGCCGCGAUACAAGCCAUGAAUGGCUUCCAAAUAGGUACAAAAAGACUCAAAGUUCAAUUGAAACGUUCCAAGGAACUCUCGAGACCGUACUAAGCAUAGACAACUUGUUCCUAGUGAUCGUUUUUUCAAAAAAAAACUAAAAACUAUGCAAAGGUUGUAAGUAUUUGAACAUUUGUUGUGAUGUAAACCGGUGCACUUUGAACUGACAGAUAUAGAUAAGGUUCGUACGAAAACGCGAGUCCAUGUGCACAGUUGUUAACUAAUAAGUAUAAGGUUAAGAUUUGUGUCAAAGGAUUUAUCGUUUCCAAAGUAUUCCCCAAAUUGUUUAUUACUUAUUCAUAUUUUUAACUUAUAAGUUUUAGUCACUUUAAGCGUAAGUUUAACGCGUUUUGCAAGCGAUACUUUGUGCACCAAAGAAAUGGUAGGUACCUACCGAGCUAACAGUGUCGAUUCAUACGCUCAUGGAAUAAUUCAAAUUACGUACGUGUUAAAAAUACCUAUAUAUUUUGCCAUCCAAAGCUUAUUACCGGUGAACAAACGCCGGAACUACCAAAUGAGUAUUGCUAUUUUCAUUGUUUUAUUGGACAUAUUAUAGAACAACUUUAUAUUUAGAUACUUAAGUAGAUAUUUCUUCGUUAUAUUUAUUUUCUGUGUUACCGAUAUAAUUUGUUGUGUUAAAGUAAUCCACGUGGCCAUUGCAGUUACGCAGUUUUUGUUCAAAUAAUGUUAGAGUAACGAAUCGAUCUCAAAGUGAUCAGUGUAUUUAUUUUACCUGACUUGUUGUCAAUAGUGUACUUAAACUUGUAAUUUUGUUUGUAAGACUGCCUACCGUGAACGUUUCUAUCGCUCUAUUGACCCGAAAUAUGUGAAUUAUUCAUAUUACGUAGUAGAUAUCUCAAAUGUUUUAUUCAAAUCACGCAAUGUCUAUACAUUGUAUUUUUCUUCAUGAUGUUCUUAAUUUCCGUCGAAUGUGGGUACCUAAACACAAAUUAUAAUAUUGAAAGCAUUGACUUAGGGCACGAGUGAAAUGGCUCUUACAAGAAAAAAAGAUAAAUUCACUCGAACAUAUUCGGGAGCGUGUGGAUAUUUGAGAUAUCUAGUAGGUGCAAAUCGUAAAUAUUUCCUUCUUGUCGUAAUUGUUUGUGUGUAACUUAUGCAUAAUUAUAUAUCUGUAAAGUAGAAUAUUCAAUGAACCGUUUACUGAUCGACCGUCUAGGCUAUAUUCGGCGUACUACUGACAACCCAUUACGGGGAUCAUUUCGUUUUACCAUGAUCCCAUUCAUGAGUCUUUUCUUUAACACAUCGAACAUUGGACCUUUAGUCAAAAUUUUAUUAGGUUUAAGUAUUUAAUAUUUAGAAUAUUUUCGUACGUAAGUUUGGUAUUUGAACAUCGCCCAUUAUGAGUACCAAAGCAUUCUGAAGAACAUAGCUCGGCGACAUUUUUAUGUUCAUUGCUCAUAACAUGGGUUCCGGUACUUAAAACUGUUUGCCAAUACAUUUCACUUCUUAUAUCACUGGCACAGUUUGGUCUUUAUAUUCUACGUUAUUAUAAUAAUAUAAUUAAACUUUGCUUCUUACUCUUUUUGUAAUUUUAGAUGCUUUUCCUUUAAUUAUAAUUACUCCAAGAUGUAAGUUAAAGCAUGCAAGAGGAAGUAAUUCAUGAGAGUAUUUUAACUUGUCAGAUUCAUAAUCAGGCGUUGACUAGACCCAGGUAACGAUCGUAUAUUAUUUACGUGUGUAAAUGAUGUUUCACUAAUUCGAGUUGUACCGACGUGUUAUGUUCCAACUACCCACGAACGACCAAUUUAAAAUGUAAAGUACCUAACCUGUCACUUUAAGUUAUAGGCAUAUAGUUAAUAUUCUACGUGUUUACUUUUUUGUUUAAAGAACUGAUGUAGAUCAUCUUGAAAUAGCUUAAUUAAAUUUAGUUGAGUAUUAUAUAUUAAAGAGAGGAUUAUAAGAUGGUUUAUAAGUUAUUUACUCUAAUUUAGUCAUGUUUUGAUGUCUGAAAAAAGACAAUAUCUAGACUGAAUAAGUUCCGUUGUAGGUGUUACAGUUAGUGAUUCAGUCAUUGUCUAGUUAUUCUCUUUUAUUUAGGGUUCCGUAGAACCUACAUGAUUAGCUUUUUGUUGUUCUUUUUUCUUGUUGUAAUAUAAAUUAUUAUUAGAAGGGGAAUGUAUUUCUUUAAAUUUUAUUUUAACGUUUUGGUAGGUUAAUUAAAAAAUGGGACACGACCACGAGAUCAGUCUGUUAACUUAUAGGUAUUAUUUAAAAAAAUACUUGUCUAAAAUGCUAGUGUGGAGGGUUUUUUACCUACUUAAUAUUCCUUAAGUAUGUAUAAGGGAGACCUCAUUGUUGUUGUGCAUAAAAAAUGCCUUUUGGACUUUAAAUGUGAAAUAAAGAUUUCAGUUUUCGUACAUUAGUGCUGUUACAUCUGAGCUCCCGCCAAAACACUAACAGCCAAAAUUUGUAGUCAUUAUAACAUUUUACAAAUCCGUAUUUGACAUUUAAAAAAAUAUUGUGUUCGUCCGACAUUGGAAAUGGAAAGGCAUGUGUGGAAAUUUGAGAGAGGUCGCUGCACGAAGCGAAAUUAUAGAUGUCAUUACAAUUUUCAUCCAAGAUAAUAUUCUUAUUCGUUUUAGAUAAACAGAUCAGGCAUGCCUAUUUUUAUUUUUAUUCGUUGUAUGAAAAUUGCGUUGAUAACCAGAGACCGGAAUUAUUGUGGCCUUUUUGUCUAUAAUUGAAGUAAUUUAAGCAGAUAAUAUGGAAAAAAGAUGACUACUGCUUAUUUAUUUUACAUAGAAACUACUUAAUGGAAUAUUUGUUAGCACAGACUUUAAACGUCAUUUUGAAAAAAAAAACACAACUGAACUAAAGGAAUUAAAUGUCUAUUCAGUUUUGUUUUUAUUGCACAUCUCUAUUUCGCAUUUUCAACUACUCAAAUGUUAAUACCAAGAGAUCGGUCUUAUUUACCUCUCCUUUAAAUCUUUUUUAAUAUGCUGUAUUUCUACAUUGUAUCGAUAUAAAUAUGUCGAAAGUCGAUAAAUGAUAAGUCCCUAAUGACAAUUCAAACUGCCACGAGAAUUCCGACAUCUGUUGAUAACUAAUAAUAUUAUUAAAUAAAAAAGGGAUAAGAUAGCAUUUUAUAUUUGUUGCCGUGAUAAAUUAUAUUUCGCUUCUUUGAUUAAAGAACAUGCCAAUAAAAGAGGCAAUGGCCAAAUAUGUUUAAUAUGUUUAGAAUUUCAUUCAUCUAUCAUUUGUUUAGAAUUUCAUAAUACAAGCACUCAAAGCAUGAGAUGAUUUUAGUGAGAUUUAUUAAACAUGUCACACCAUCGUCCCCACUGUUAACUAACAAUUCAUAAACCUUGUUGCAGAGACAAGAGGUUUACUAUUGUCAGUUUAAGAAUUAGUCUAAUAAUUUAACUUUAUGAAAAACUGAUGCAGUGUAAGUAGUUGCCAACCACACAGGUAGCUCAACCUGUAGGGCUAAGAUGGUCGGCUCUUUACCAUUUGUCACCAUGCCUGUCACGUUCUACUCGUAAGUAUUCUAACAAGCGUGUUUGUGUGAAAGUGACUGGCAUAGUGACAAGCGAUAAAAUGGAACCAUGCUGCCACUGCUGAUGAUACUGGGAGCGACAUUUAAUUUUCCUUAUCCUGAAUUAUUGAUAGAGCUCACUAAUUAUAAGAACUGUCCAAAUCUAGAACGACUACGCAAAACGAAGUAACUGCUAACUUCGGGUAUUGUGUUACUUGUCAGCUUUAUUGAAUACUGUAAUUUAUAAAGUACUUCAAUUUAGUUAAUCUUACUGAGUGUAUGAACAUUUUUAAAUCAACUCACGAAUAGGACAGAAUAAUUAAUUCCAUAUUACAUUUACCAUGUCAGAAUAUCCUAAAAUACGGACGUAAAUUUAUUUUUACACAAUUUCGAGGCACCUUAUUUAGUAUACAAUGGUAAAAAUUUAAUAUAAAAGAACUGUUUUAUACAACACCUGUUUUGUUGAUAUGAAUGUAAAUAAAUGUCAAGUUUAAAAAACAAAA